CAUUUAGAGUUAAUCAUAAAUUUUUUGAAUGUUUUUCAUUGUAUUUUAUGGUAAGCUCUUUUGGCUUAAACAAUAUGUGCCUGGCAAAAAGAUAUUAAAGCUUGCUGAAAUGAGGUCUUUUUAAAACUCUUUGGUACAUGGAAGCCACAUGACUUUUCCUUCAGUGCAACAUCUUGAAACCAUACAGAAUUUUAUUUUAUUUUAUUCACUAAUGUUAUUCAACAUGAUGUAACCAGAAACAACUUUUACAUUGUUAUAAAAUAUAAGCGUAUAUAAAAACAUAAAAUUUGGCUUACGUAGAUUAGCCAAUGUUUUUUUAUGUGAGAUUGAAUGUUUGAGACAUUUAUUCCACAUUUCCUACCAGGAAAAUGAUACACAUCAUAUAUUUUCAUAUAAAUUCCUAACAAUACCUUUGGGUGAAGAAAUGAACUGAAGAAGACCAUGGUGUAUGCAUCUUCUUGCCUUUUUCAUGCAAUUUUCAAAGUCAAAAGAACUAACUGCCAAGAAACAUUAAAAAAAAGUCUUGGGGACAUCAUAAAAUGAUACAACACAGCCAUAAGAAUGAGUUCUUUAUAAAUAAAAUUGUGUUUUUUUAGGAAAGAAUUUUUGAAAAUUUAAUUUUUGGCUUAAAAUAAUUGCUUUCAGGAGGGUUCCUAAAAUCUCUUUAAUAACAGCUGUUUUCUAUCUGUCCACAAGAAAGCAGGCUACUAUGGGCACAUAACCACAUACAAAUGUAUCAUUGCACUAAUUCUUCUUCUCAGCAGAAAUCAAUAACAAAUUGAGACAAUGGAACAUGCCAACCAAAUUAACAAAAAAGCACAGUAUGUGUAAGAUAUAAACAACAUUGACACUACACCUGAACAAACACAAGGACCAUGCUAAAAAAACAGGUGGCUCAUUUAGAACCAUGGGAAAAAGGAAGCCGGAAAACACAUGGGCAAGUUGGUAUGUGUGGAGGAGUGCGUGGGGUUGGCGCUGGUGGCAUUGUUUCCAGUGGCUAUUGUUUAUUGUUUAAACUUUUUACAAUGAAAUUGACUCAGAAACAGUUAUAUGUAUUGCUAAACCACACAGACUCGCCAUAUAUUCGAGGGUUGGGUUUUAUGUACAUUCGAUAUUGUUUACAUCCAAAUACAUUUUGGGAAUGGUUCGAACCGUAUUUAGAGGACGAUGAAGAAAUAGACCCAAAGGCAGGUGAGGGAUCUUCCAUGACAAUCGGCCAAAUGGUUAGAAGUUUUCUCCUUAAACUGGAUUGGUAUGGGACAUUGUUUCCAAGAAUACCCGUGCCUAUCCAGAAAGAAAUAGAAUCAUACCUAAAAGAAUACAACCUGUGCGACGAUCGUAAGGUGUAUGCUGACGAAGAGGAUCGUCGAGAAAGAGAUCAGAAAAAGGAGAGUCCUGAGAAUGAUGAUUCCUCAUUCGGAGAGGCCGAAAGAUACGCCCGUAAAAAGAGAGAAGAAAAAGAGCGCUCUCCUCGACGUCAUCACAGUUCAGAGAGAGAUCGGCAUAGACAUUCCAAAGAUCGAGAUCGUCAUCGCAGCUCUCGGGACUGUGAUAAAUCCUCUAGGGACCGAGAUAGAUCGUCUCGGAAUCGCGAUAGAUCUUCAAGUCGCCGGCGAAGUCGUAGUCGCGAAAGAAGCCACCAUGAUAGAGAUAGGAAGCGUGACCAUGAUAGACAUAGUCGGUCAAAAGACAGGGACCAUAAUUCACAUCGAAAAAAGUAAAAAACUGCAACCUAAACUUUCAACAAACGUAAAACAUCCCAGACAGACCUAGUUAUUUUACAGUUUUUUUUUAUCAACUAACAUAAGCUUGUACAUAAUUCCUAAAAAUACAUUUCGUUUUUUACGAACAAA